AUGUCAGCUGUCCUGGACCCCAACGUGGCCACGUCAGAUGCGGUUUCUUAUGCAUUCACUAUUCUUCAUUCAAUGAAAGAAGAUGGAAAUCUUCCUAGUUGCGACUAUUUUGAGAGACUGCAGCGUACCAGGGCCAGCGUUGGAAAGAUGCGAGAAAACAGCGAGACAUGUUCGCGCUCACUGGCGUUCGCGGAUGGAAACAUGUCGAUGGAUAUGCAGAUGGAUCAGCAAGUGGAUGGAUCAGCCUUGGGAUUCGGUGAUGGUGUUCCAUUGGAUCACCCUUUAAUAGAUAGCUUUCUUGCUGACAAGGGAUUUAUGUGGGCGGACGGAAUGCCUCCCGAAGACCAAUCCUUGAGAGACUUGGCCUGCGAAUUGGGGGAUGAAUUUCUAUUUGGAGGGUCAUGA